AUGUUGCGAAUACGUCCCCGAAUCCUCAUCACCACGGCGGUGCAGGCCGCCUUCCUCAAGGCGGCCGCCAACAUCACCGUUCAGGUCGCCACUGCCUGGAAGCUGGGGGACAUGGGUCACAAGGGAAUGGACUGGGGACGUGUGGCCGAGUUUACCUGCUACGGCUUCAUCAGUGCCAGCCUCGGUUUUCCCUGGCAGCAUCUCCUGGAGCAUCACUUUCCGACCCAAACGACGACGGCUGGGAAUCCGUCCUUGGCAUCGCGCGCUGUAGCCCCGGCGGCCAGUGGGCUUACGCACGAUGGUCACGAUCCUGACGAUCCGGAAAAGAGCUCCCUCGCCCGAGCGGCGGCGCAGGAACCGGGCUCGACGGCAGCGACGCUUGAGCUGCCGCCUACGCCCGGCACGGGUGGUUUCUCAACACACACCAAGAUAAAUUGGCCCAACGUCUGCUACAAACUCGUGUUGGACCAGACGGUGUGGCUUCUCUUCACGACCUCCAUCUUCCUGGUCGUCACCAACGUGUUCCGUGUGGCGUCUAUGGACGCUCUGUACGAGGUCUGGAAGGAAAAGACGUGGUACAUCAUCAAGGCUGCGUGGCACGUCUGGCCACUGGUGGCAAUUCUCAACUUUGCUUUUGUGCCCGUCGACUUGCGCGUGCUGGUGGCGGCCUGCGUGGGCUUUGCGUGGAACAUAUUCUUGAGCUUCAUUUCGUUGACCAAACCCAAGUGA